AUGUCCCACCACGCCCAAAGCCUUCUGCCCCUCCUGCUGGCCUUUCUGCUGGCUCCCUGCUGCCCGGCAAGACCCACGGUAGGAGAUGACUCCAGCAACGAAAAAGGACUGCAGGGGCGGGGGGCGGGGGGGCUGGACCCCUUCUGCGGCGCCCCCAAUGGCCUGUUCCCCCAUGAAUGGCACUGCGGCCAGUUCAUCUCGUGCGCUAACGGCCUGGGCUGCCUGCUCGAGUGCCCCAGGGGAACACUCUUCCACCGGGGGCUGAAGAUCUGCAGCAGGGCGCGAUGCCCCCCACCUGGCCACCCCUCGACAAGUGUUCAGAGCUCAGCCACCAAGGGGGGCAGCGUCCCCACAGCCCCCCACACAGCAUCACACGUCCCCCCAUCACUGCCGCUCCCAUCACCAUCACCCCCAGGCCCCCCCGCCCCCCCAUCACCACCAGGCCCUUCACCCGCCCCCCCUACCCCAUCACCUUACCUCCCCACACCACUCCCGCCCCAAUCCUACCCAUCACCCCCUACCCCUGCACCUGCCCCAUCGUGUACCCACACCCUCACCCACACCCUGGACACCCUGCACAACCAGGACAGCCGGGUCAACCAGGGCAGCCGGGUCAACCAGGGCAGCCGGGUCAACCAGGGCAGCCGGGUCAACCUGGGCAGCCAGGACAACCAGGGCAGCCGGGUCAACCAGGGCAGCCGGGUCAACCAGGAAUGCCUGGACAACCAGGGCAGCCGGGUCAACCAGGAAUGCCUGGACAGACACCUCACCCCGGCUGGCCAUUCCCUCUGCCUGGUCAGCCGGGUCAGCCAGGAACACCGGGUCAACCAGGAACACCGGGUCAACCAGGGACACCGGGUCAACCAGGAACACCGGGUCAACCAGGGACACCGGGUCAACCAGGAACACCGGGUCAACCAGGAACACCGGGUCAACCAGGAACACCGGGUCAACCAGGAACACCGGGUCAACCAGGGACACCGGGUCAACCAGGGACACCGGGUCAACCAGGGACACCGGGUCAACCAGGAACACCGGGUCAACCAGGGACACCGGGUCAACCAGGAACACCGGGUCAACCAGGAACACCGGGUCAACCAGGGACACCGGGUCAACCCGGAACACCGGGUCAACCAGGAACACCGGGUCAACCAGGAACACCGGGUCAACCAGGAACACCGGGUCAACCAGGAACACCGGGUCAACCAGGGACACCGGGUCAACCAGGAACACCGGGUCAACCAGGAACACCGGGUCAACCAGGAAUGCCUGGACAGACACCUCACCCCGGAUGGCCAUUCCCUCUGCCUGGUCAGCCGGGUCAACCAGGAACACCGGGUCAACCAGGGACACCGGGUCAACCAGGGACACCGGGUCAACCAGGGACACCAGGUCAACCAGGGCAGCCAGGACAACCAGGGACACCGGGUCAACCAGGGACACCAGGUCAACCAGGGCAGCCAGGACAACCAGGGACACCGGGUCAACCAGGGACACCAGGUCAACCAGGGCAGCCAGGACAACCAGGAACACCGGGUCAACCAGGAACACCGGGUCAACCAGGACAGCCAGGACAACCAGGGACACCGGGUCAACCAGGAACACCGGGUCAACCAGGGACACCGGGUCAACCAGGAACACCGGGUCAACCAGGGCAGCCAGGACAACCAGGGACACCGGGUCAACCAGGAACACCGGGUCAACCAGGGACACCGGGUCAACCAGGGCAGCCAGGACAACCAGGAACACCGGGUCAACCAGGGCAGCCAGGACAACCAGGAACACCGGGUCAACCAGGGCAACCUGGACAACCAGGAACACCGGGUCAACCAGGGCAGCCAGGACAACCAGGAACACCGGGUCAACCAGGGCAGCCAGGACAACCAGGAACACCGGGUCAACCAGGGCAGCCAGGACAACCAGGAACACCGGGUCAACCAGGGCAGCCAGGACAACCAGGGACACCGGGUCAACCAGGGACACCGGGUCAACCAGGGCAGCCAGGACAACCAGGAACACCGGGUCAACCAGGGCAGCCAGGACAACCAGGAACACCGGGUCAACCAGGGCAGCCAGGACAACCAGGGACACCGGGUCAACCAGGGCAGCCAGGACAACCAGGGACACCGGGUCAACCAGGGCAGCCAGGACAACCAGGGACACCGGGUCAACCAGGGACACCGGGACAACCAGGAACACCGGGUCAACCAGGGCAGCCAGGACAACCAGGAACACCGGGUCAACCAGGGCAGCCAGGACAACCAGGAACACCGGGUCAACCAGGGCAGCCAGGACAACCAGGGACACCGGGUCAACCAGGGCAGCCAGGACAACCAGGAACACCGGGUCAACCAGGGACACCGGGUCAACCAGGGCAGCCAGGACAACCAGGAACACCGGGUCAACCAGGGCAGCCAGGACAACCAGGAACACCGGGUCAACCAGGGACACCGGGUCAACCAGGGCAGCCAGGACAACCAGGAACACCGGGUCAACCAGGGACACCGGGUCAACCAGGGCAGCCGGGACAACCAGGAACACCGGGUCAACCAGGGACACCGGGUCAACCAGGGCAGCCAGGACAACCAGGAACACCGGGUCAACCAGGGACACCGGGUCAACCAGGGCAGCCAGGACAACCAGGAACACCGGGUCAACCAGGGACACCGGGUCAACCAGGAACACCGGGUCAACCAGGAACACCGGGUCAACCAGGGACACCGGGUCAACCAGGGCAGCCAGGACAACCAGGAACACCGGGUCAACCAGGGACGCCGGGUCAGCCAGGACAACCAGGACAACCAGGAAUGCCUGGACAGACACCUCACCCCGGAUGGCCAUUCCCUCUGCCUGGUCAGCCGGGUCAACCAGGUCAACCGGGUCAACCAGGGGAGCCGGGUCAACCAGGAAAGCCGGGUCGACCAGGUCAACCGGGUCAACCAGGUCAACCGGGUCAACCAGGAAAGCCAGGUCAACCAGGAAAACCAGGAAGGCCUGGUCAACCAGGUCAACCGGGUCAACCAGGAAAGCCGGGUCGACCAGGAAUGCCUGGACAGACACCUCACCCCGGCUGGCCAUUCCCUCUGCCUGGUCAGCCGGGUCAACCAGGAAAGCCAGGUCAACCAGGAAAACCAGGAAGGCCUGGUCAACCAGGUCAACCAGGCAGUCCCAUAGUCUUCCCACAGCCUGGCCUGCCCAUCGUCGUUCUCCCACACCCUCAGCCUGGCCAGCCUGGCAAACCGGGUCAGCCAGGAAAGCCGGGUCAACCAGGAACACCGGGUCAACCAGGAACACCGGGUCAACCAGGAACA